AUAUGCGCGCACUUGUGUUUGUUGGCGCGGUUCUGUGUUUCGGUUGGCAUCUGGAUCUGGCCAACAGCCAUAGGGACUGGUGUGCUAUACCAUAUUGUGCCAAUCACAGCCUGCGGCACAUUGCAUGCCUAAACAGUGGUGAUUUCAGUGAAGUGUAUUGCCAUCGACGACGACUUCUCACCAACAUGACCAACUUCAGGGCCUACAUACUGAAAAUGUUUAACAAAAUGCGGAACGAAGUGGCCGGCGGCUGGUGCGUGCAUCUGGAACCUGCUGUUCACAUGCCCGAGCUAGUUUGGAACACCGAGCUGGAGCUAAUGGCCGAAUAUCGUGUCAAAUAUUGUAGGGAACCCCCCAAAGAUUCUUGCUAUGCGGUGUGCGGAGCCAACGAACCGCAACCUCUGAUCGCAGAGGUCAACCUGUCGCCGGCUAUAUCGAACAUUUACAAGGGAGAUCAGAUAAUACGAUUUGUCCAACGUUGGAUAUCAUCUUUGUGGGAAUUGCGACGCAAUGAUAUUCGAAAAUACGAUGCGCAGGAUGAGCCGCAUCGCUUUAUACGCCCCAUGGCCAUUGGUAUUAAUGAAAAAAAUGAUCAAGUGGGUUGCUCCUCCGCAAUCGACAAUGAUGAGCGAGUUUUCCGUUUUCAAAUGAUAUGUCUCUUCAAAAUGGGCCCCAAACAUGGCGACACGAUUUAUAAACAAGGAAGAUUUAACCAUUCGAGGUGUAAGCUUGGCCGUAGUAGUCAAUGGCUGGAUCUGUGCAGAACUGAAGAGAAAGAUCACUUACAGGGAAUAAUAAAUAUUGAAGGAAAGCCACACAGGAAACCCAUUGAAAUUGAAAAAUAAAUCUGCAUAUUUCUAAUGAAUACAUUUGUAAAAACAAAGUAGAGGUAGGGUGUUAAAAAAAUAAAUAAAAAUGUAAGAAAACACCUGGCAUGCAAUAAAACUGAA